AUGGACGACAAGAAGUGUCCUGAAAGCAAAGACUCUCUUGGGCACAAAACUUGGGUGCUACUUCACAGCAUUGCUGCCCAUUUCCCUCUAACCCCAACAGAAAAAACCAAGCAAUCCUACAAAGAUUUUUUCGAGACUUUUCCUUAUAUUUAUCCCAGCUAUUCCUGUGCAAAAGAUUUCCAAGAAUUAAUGUCCUCAACCCCUCCAGAAACCGAAUCAAGAGAAAGCCUCCAACUUUGGCUCUGCAAAGUCCAUAACAUUAUAAACAAAAAGCUAAACAAGCAAGAAUUCUCAUGUAAGAUCAAAGAUCUAGAACUGCGAUGGCGAAAAGGGCCUCCAGAAUGCUACCCAGAGCAAGCAGAUGAUAUAGACGAAAAUAACAUUGUGUUUUAG